AUGAUCCAGUAUGAUGAAUAUUGCAAACAACUACAGAAGUGCUACCAAGAGCUGAGAAUAUAUGAUGAUCCCCUUUGUCAAGGCUGUAACAUUCUUCCCGAUGAACUAGUUAUUCAAUUAAGAAUACCGAAAAUGGUUGAAUCUCUCUGUGACUCAAGAUCACUUUCCAAUAUCGAAGUACGAAUAAAGUAUUCACAAAUUUACCAGGAGCCGAUCCUUUUACUAAGAUUAUGGGAGUUUGAAUAUGAUGACGAAAAUGAUGUACAAAUUUUAAAACAAUACUUUCCUAAAAAUAUAAAAGAUUUCCUAUCACUCGAAAGCUGGGUUCAAAUUGAACUAGAUAUCUUUUCAAAUGAUAACAAAUUUCCAUUGAGAUCACCUGUUUGGUAUUAUAUACAUCCUUGUGAUACGUCGGCAAUCGUUGGAGAUAAUGAAGAAGCACAUAAUGACUAUCUUUCUAGAUGGUUCAGUGUUUUUCUUCUUAACUGGUUAGAAAUUGUACGAUAA